UGCCUACUUCCGCCUCUUCCCACCCCACCUUGCAUCUCAACCCGAACGAAGACAGAGACCAACAUCCUAGGUCGUGAAGGCAGUUUAGCUCAAAGACUGUGGGGUCUUCGUCAAAGACUCAUCGCCUCGGUGACACAUCUUCGCUGGAUUUCCUGCCUUUUUUGUUUCUCCCUUUUUUUUAGUGGGGGGUUUUUGUUUUGAAAUUGUUCUUCUGUUCUUCUUUUUCUGCUGCCUUACUCCAGCGCCGUGUGAUUGGCUGAGACAUUUCCGAUUUGUUUUCCGACCGUGCCCCCAGUUUCUAUGACGUCGUUGGUCUCUAUCAAAACAAUCAGCUGCUGUUGUCAUUGUGCAGUGAGGACAAAAACGAAAAGAAGGAACAUGUCCGCCGCAUCGUCAGGACGACACCAUCUUGAUCAUCCAACGGCUCAUCAGAGAAUCUUAUUCCGGUGCCGGAGGGCAAAUAGCCGACGGCUGACACGGGCCAGAAAUAUCUCGCAAUAAAAAAUUAGAAGGAAAACAAAAAGAAGGGUAUUAUUUUGCGAGUCCAACCAGACGACAGGCAAUUGUUUGUUGUUGUUUUUGCGGGCCACGAUGAACAGCGAGAACAUUAGCGCAACUUGGAUGUGGUGGAACUGGACAGUGCCUGAUGCGUCGGGCGACGACGUCGAUGUGAACGCCAACGGUAGUGACAUCUUUAUGAAUAUCAGUGGCCGUAACGAGACGUCGCUCUCAUCACCUGAUGUUCGCAUCGACUGGGACGAUUGGGAUGGCGGAUUGUGGACACCCGCCCAGAGGAAUAUACUCGAGGGAGGCGUCAUACCACGUCAUGUUCACAUAAGUUUAGGCGUCCUGCUCGCCUUUAUCGUCUUGUUUGGCGUGAUGGCCAACUCGGCUAUCCUCUACGUCUUUUCGAGGUUCAAACGAUUGAGGACACCGGCUAACGUGUUCAUCAUCAACCUGACAAUCUGCGAUUUCUUCGCUUGCUGCCUACACCCAUUGGCCGUCUAUUCAGCCUUCCGGGGCCGCUGGUCUUUCGGCCAAACAGGGUGUAAUUUGUACGGCAUGGGUGUGGCUUUCUUUGGACUGAACAGUAUCAUCACCCUGUCGGCCAUCGCGUGCGAGCGUUACAUCGUCAUCACGUCGAGCAGCUGCCGGCCAGUCGUGGCCAAGUGGCGCAUCACGCGCCGGCAAGCGCAAAAGGCUUGCGCGGGUAUCUGGUUGCAUUGCGCAGCGCUUGUGUCUCCUCCGUUGCUGUUCGGAUGGUCCACUUACCUUCCGGAAGGAGUUUUGGUGACCUGUUCGUGGGACUACACGUCCAGGACGCUCUCCAAUCGGCUCUACUAUUUCUACCUCCUCUUCUUCGGCUUCGUCCUGCCCGUCUCCGUUUUGACGUUCUGUUACGUGGCCAUUUUUCGGUUUAUCGUCCGCUCUUCCAAGGAGAUGACCCGUCUGAUUAUGACCAGCGACGGCAGAGCGUCGUUCAGCAAGACGACCGUGUCCUUCCGCAAGAGGCGCAGGCAGACAGACGUCCGCACGGCGCUGAUCAUUCUGUCACUGGCCAUGCUCUGCUACACGGCCUGGACGCCUUACGCCAUCGUCAGUUUGAUAGGCCAGUUUGGUCCGGUCGACGAGAACGGGGAUCCGAAGAAGCUCUCGCCGAUGGCGACAGCCAUCCCUGCAUUCCUGGCCAAAACGGCCAUUGUGUUUGAUCCACUAGUUUACGGAUUCUCUCAUCCGCAAUUCCGCUCUUCCGUCCGGCAAAUCCUGCGCCAGCACAGCAUCGAUAGCAGCGCCAACGGCAUCCGCGGUGGACCUAACAAUACCACCAUGAUUGUCAUGAGACGGCCAACCACCCGCAAUUGUCAUUCGCCUCGAGCCAGUUCCAACGUCAUCUUCACUUCAUUGAGUCGCAGCAUCCGCACGAACGCCAAAGAAACGGCAUCGCGAAAACUGUCCAACGACCCUUCUGUUUCGACGUCGCUAGUCACCGUGACCCUGAAUUCACAAUUUCGAUUUCCACCUCAUCCGGACAUGGCCGCCAACAUCCAACAACUCCGCAAAAGUGAAAGUCUGAGAAAGUCGUGCAUGAACAAACGCAAUAACAGCCUGAACUACGCGAAGAGCGGCAGCACUCGUCGCAAGGGCAGCGGAUCCAGUAAGCACAGCCACCAGUCGCUAUCCGCUGCGGAAGAGGUGUCCAUCGCCAAUUCAUCUUCCCUGCGGCUGAUGAUGUUGCAGGAGGAGAGCGAGUUCCAUUUGUUCCGGCAGCAGCAGACGACCGCUGGCAAGUUGCAACGAGCCGCCAAACGCGAACGGAUGAUACAACUUUUAUCCAGCGGAAGCAGCAACCCGCCGGCGGAUAGCCAACACCACACGAAUCGAUUAGAAUGCAAUAAACACGCCGAGAAGCGGAGGCGUUCAUCCGAGCCGGAUCUCAUGCGCUGCUCUGUCCGAUUGAUAGCCGACGCUCCGAGUCUCAGCUGGGAAGAAUACCGCCGCAAAAGGAACCAAUACAUCCGCAGCAUUUUCUUCCGCAGCGCCGGUAACCUCCUGUCGGGCGACGUGGGCGUUGACAAGAACGGAUUCUCCGAAUAUCCCAUUCUUCUGCUGGCCGCCGGAAGAGAAGACACUAAAGACGCGCACAGCCCCAAGGAUCGUCCAGGCUCCAAGAGUCCAUCAGUAUCUCAAUCGGUGGGCCGUAAGUUGUCCAUGACCGUCCAGUCGGUGGACCGCUUCCGGACGAUCAACAACCGAAUGGGCCAGAAGUUGCAGCAUUUGGACGCCGACGGGAAUAAUAAGAGCAGCAAGACUCGAUCCAACAGCACGACGUCGCGGCGUCGUUCUUCGUCCUCUUCGUUGUCCGUCGAGCGAUCGAAAAAGUCCGGCACCAAUUUAUCGACGCCCCCAUAUCAGACGGCCAGGCGUUAUUCGGCCUCGCCCAUCCACGACCAGUGUUGCGAAUGUGCUUACAAAGCACUCAGUCAGACGGUGACGCUGGUCAAAAUGGCGCCGUCCAGCACGGCUGACAGUUCCAGUAAUGAACGCGGCCAGGCACAUUGGCGGGCCUGUAUGGUCAGCGGUCGUGAUUCCCUUUCCUGCUCACUGAAUAGUCCUUGAAAAUGAACAAAAAAAAAAUCAAUUAAAUUAAAUGAAUUCUAAAAAAUGUCGAUGAUAGAGAGGGGAAAGAAAACAAAAUAAUUAGGUCUAAUGAAUUAUUAAAUAUCAUUCCCUAUAUAUAUAAUUGAUAGAACCAAGCUUUGUCUUGGAUUGCUGUGAUUUUACCAGUCGAUUUGUUGUUGCGUUUGCCAGUAUAUAUAGGUUAUUUUUAUUGAUUGUACGAUACGUCCAAUAACGUGGCGAUGUUGAAGGCCCAACGCACAUUCCCCUUGUUAGGUUUUGAAUAUCAGCGGACACAAGCCGUAAAUUGUUUUUCGAUUGAAAUAUAUAUAUAAUAUCAUCCAUCCGGUUUCUAUAACGAAAUAAUAUCACCGUCUUAAAUGCGGAGAUCGUUAACGAUCAGAAAUAAUUCAAAUAAAUAGCAUUUUUCCACCAACUAUUUAUGAAGACAGCUCAAAUGUGAAUCAUUUAGGUCCCGCGUAGCUGAAUUUUGUAAUUCACUUGUAGACGCGGUCCAAUAAAAAUAUAUACUAAUUGUAUAUUUCCUUGAUUAAAAAAAAAUAAUUGGGUAAAUAAUGUAGCUAGCCUAUAUAUACACCGCAGAUAUAUCCCAAUUCAUUAACGACUCGCGUAUAGUAUAUACUCUUAAUAAUAAGACACUUGAAUAUUUUAUUCUGAGAGAAUCGGCACUUAUGGGUCGUUCACAGGUAAACGUGGACCCGUCGUUCAUCACAGGUCGAUAAACAAGAAACAAAGAAACAAAAGCAAUACAUGACGGAACGGCUACACACCUAAGUGAUCUUGUACAAUGCACGGACCACGUCCGUUAAUCAUUAUAAAAGUAAAAAGAGUCACUUGAAAUCGAAAUGAUUUAAGGUAUCAAAUAUACUUGUGUAUUUAUA